UUAAUAAAGUACCAAGGAGUGGGGAGUGUCGGCCAUUACCGAUAUACGACGGUGCGGGCAGUCGCUUGUCACCUUUGGUGUGUAUAAUAAUACUUAUGGUGUUGUAUUAUUCUAUAUCCUUACCAACAAGUAAAACAGUGGGACACCACAAGUGGCGACGAGGAUAAAUAGCACCCCAAAAUGUCUCAGCUAGUUCCUUUAGAAGCAUUUGAUUGUGACGGGGAUUCCAAUUCUGUCGGUAUACGGUGGGAGAAAUGGAAAAGAGGCUUAGAAAUAUACCUGCAAGCAACAAAUACAGAGAAUCCUUCCAAGCAACGAGCUAUUUUGUUACACGUAGGUGGUUUACCUCUACAGGAAAUAUUUCACAACAUUCCUGGAGCACUCGUUUCAGAAACUGCCGAGAAUAAUGUUUAUACAAUCGCAAUUGAAAAAUUAGAUAAUUUUUUUUAUAAAAAGCAAAAUAGAUAUUUUGAAAGACACUUAUUCAGAUCUAUAAAACAAGAACAAAAUGAAAGCUUCGAUAAAUUCCUUGUAAGAUUACGACAACAAAGUGCUAAGUGCAAGUUUUCUUCAGAAGAAGAUCAGAUAAUAGAUCAAAUUAUUGAAAAAUGUGCGUCCCCCGAUCUGAGAAAGAAGUUAUUAACGUUAGGUGACUCAGUCCAACUAGGACAAAUAAUUUCAGAAGCAAAUGCUUUUGAAAGCGUUGAAAGACAGCUAAACGAAUUUAAAAUACCUACAAGUAUUAACAAAAUUGAUACAAAUGGGCCCAAAUUAUUACCGCUUGCGUGCACCAGGUGUGGUAAUUCAAAUCAUAAAGCCGAUAGCCCAGAAUGUCCAGCUAAGGACAAACCCUGCAAAAAAUGCGGAUAUAUUGGGCAUUUCCAAGGACAAUGCAGAACAAGGGCAAGUAAACGGAAAAGUAAACAAAAUAAUUCCAAGCCCUACAAGAGAGCAAAAAUCCACGAAAAACCAAAAUCAGAACGGAAAUCUGACAGAAAAGACGAUAACCCUUCUGAAGUCGACUACAUAUUCCACGUAGACGAUGACUCAGUAGUAUCAUGCCAGGUUGGUGGAGUAAAUGUAGAAGUUCUUAUAGAUUCCGGGAGCAAGCGUAAUAUAAUCAACGAUGAGACCUGGUCGUAUUUAAAGAAAAAUAAAGUGGUAGUAAUGAAUCAAGUUAAAUCACCCAAAAAGACCUUCAUGGCUUAUGGUUCAAUGAAACCCCUCACAGUGUUGGGUGCUUUCGACGCGAACAUUGCGGUAGGGACAAAGAAUAAGGCAGCUACAUUCUAUGUAGUAAAGCAUGGAUCAAGAAAUUUACUAGGAAAAGACACAGCAGUUUCCCUUAAUGUUCUUAAAAUAGGUCUGGGUAUAAACACAAUACAGGAGAAAACGUUCCCUAAAUUUAAAAAUGUGGAAUUAGAUAUAACGAUUGAUAGCUCAAUUAAACCGGUCCUAACCCGCCAGUUCCCAUGAAGCGGCGGGAAUUGCCCAUUGAAGCAUGGAUUGAUGUAGCAGUUGAUUUCUUAGGUCCUCUUCCGAGUGGACACUAUUUAUUUGUUAUUAUUGAAUAUUUUAGUAGAUACAUGGAAAUUAAACCAAUGAAAACAAUAACGUCAAAAGAUACUAUUAGUGUUUACUAUUAGUAUAAGUAGUAAAAGAUUAGAUUUUGUUGAUAGUACUACUUUCUUAGGAAUAACAUUAGAUUCAAAUUUGAGAUGGCAUGCUCACAUUUUAAAACUUUCUAAAAGGCUUAGUUCUGCAGCAUACGCUAUUCGUCGUAUUAGGCAUUUGACGGAUGUGGCAACUGCUAAGCUAGUAUAUUUUAGUUAUUUUCAUAGUUUAAUGUCAUAUGGUCUACUGCUUUGGGGAUCAGCAGCAGACAUACAAACUAUUUUCAUUUUACAAAAAAGGGCAAUUCGAUAUAUCUACGGUCUUAAACAAAGAGAUUCCCUUAGAGAUUUUUUCAAAAACCUAAACAUUUUAACUUUGCCCUCCCAAUACAUAUUCGAUAACAUCAUGCAUGUUAGGAAAAACUUAAACUCUUUCAAAAAGUAGGUGACUGUACUAGUAGAUCACUGCGGAACAAUUACAAGUUGUCGAUCCCAGCACAUCGGCUGGCUAAGGUAGGGAAAUCAUUUCUGAUUAAUUGUAUAAGAUUUUAUAAUAAAUUACCAAAAAGUGUUCUUGAAAUGAAUGAUAGAAAAUUCAAAGAGUAUAUUAAAGUUGAGCUUUGUAGGAAAGCCUACUACAGCACGGAUGAUUAUAUUAAUGAUAAACAUGUGUGGCCCGAGCUGGACAUAAUGGCCUCUUAAAUGCUUGUGUAUUUUUGACAUGAUCUUGACAUAAUUUGUACAGUAUGUACAUAUUUUAUUUUAUAUUUAUUUUAUUUGACGAAAUAUUCUUAUUGACAUAAUCAGUUCUACAUUCAUACAUGUUUUUAAUGUAGACAAUGUGCAUUCGUCCACGAUUUAGAUUUAAGAGAUCUAUAUUUGUAAAUUGACGUCCUAUGAAAAUGCUGCAGUGUAGUUUGUUCCGCCGCUUCUUCUAUACAUGCGCUUUGGAAGCGGUAGUAGUUAUAAUUAGAUUAAAGUUAUGUGACGUCAAUAAGUGAUACCUUGUAUCCAAUUUUGAAAAUAAAUCUAUUCUAUUCUAUUCUAUUCUGUUUUAAGGGAAAUAUUUUCACGUUUAGGCAAUCCUUUGAGUAUCACAUGUGACAACGGUAAGCAAUUUGUCUCUGAAGCCUUCAAAUCCUUCUGUCUUGAACAAAGUAUUAGACUAUUUCACACUGUCCCCUAUUGGCUACAACAAAAUGGGGAAGUAGAGAGACAAAACAGAAGUAUUCUUAAGAGAUUAAAAAUAAGUCAAAUUCAAAAGUCAGACUGGAACAAAGAUAUAUACGAUUAUCUUAGCAUGUACAAUAGUACUCCUCAUAACACUACCGGUAAAACUCCUUCAGAACUUUUUCUAGGUAGAAUCUUUAGAGACAAAUUGCCAUCGUUGAUAAAUAUAGGGAAUGAGAUAGAUAUUUCAGAGACAAGAGAUAGAGACAAAGAACGCAAAGAACAUGGGAAGAUGACUGAAGACAGGAAGAGGAAAGCAAAGGAAUCAGAUAUAGUAACAGGAGAAAAGGUCUAUGUCAAAAACUUGUUAAAAGAAAACAAACUAACGCCUGAAUUUAAUCCAACACCACACACUGUUCUAAGGGCAAAUGAAAAUGAAGCAGAUGUCAGAAACGAUACUACUGGGAAAGAAUAUAGACGCAUCGUACAUUUGAAAAGAACUGAAGGUAAAUGGGAAAUUUGCAAAAAUAAUAUCGAAGAUAAUGAUCAUGACGAAGAUUUAGAUGAUUAAAUAUUUUUAUGUUUAAACUAUCAUACCAAAAUGCAAAUGCCUUAUAUUUAAUUUCUAAUUUAGUUUUUAUAAUUAAUUAUGAAUAAUCAUAAAAAAGGAAAUGAUGUGAUGUUGUGAUUGGUUAAUAAAGUACCAAGGAGUGGGGAGUGUCGGCCAUUACCGAUAUACGACGGUGCGGGCAGUCGCUUGUCACCUUUGGUGUGUAUAAUAAUACUUAUGGUGUUGUAUUAUUCUAUAUCCUUACCAACAAGUAAAACA